AUGUUCGGAACUCUAGUAGGAUUGACUUUAUUUAUCACCGCUGCCAAUGCUGGACUUCUGGGCAGCCCAAUUGCCUACUCCGCCCCUGUAUUAGCAGCCCCCGUAGCCCAUGUAUCGCCUGUAGCCCACGUAGCGCCUAUAGCCAUUAAAACGGCUGUCCCCGUGGCCAUUUCCUAUCAAAAUGUUUAUAAGAUUUCUGGUGCCGCUGUUCCGGUAGUUGCCGCUGCUCCCGUUAUAAAAGCUGCCCCCGUGGCGUAUGCCGCCCCACUGAUUAAAGCUCCAAUUGUAGCUGCCCCCGCCUACUCAUAUGCUGCUGGUCCUGCUUUGCUGAAGAGUCCCCUUCUUGCUUCCCCGUCAGCUUACGGCCACUACUAG